UGUUCUGUAAUCGUUCGGAUGGCAUGCGAGGGUGAGUAUCAACGGACCUCAAAAUGUGCUGUGCGAUCUCGAUUUAAACUGGAUAUUUUUGGCGCCAAAAAAUUUUGAAAGCCGGAGUUUCAGUGGUUUGCACGUUCCGGUGCAUAAUUUGCUUGAACUGCAAGCCCAAGUGUUGGAUAUUGACUUCUGCGACGGAUCUCCUAUGGCUUUGAAAUAAACCAUGGGGUUUGGCUUCCAAGCAGCUCCGAUUGAGGAUAUACAAUGCACCCAAAACGUCGAUUUUGUCACAUCUUGUGGAGUGAAUUCUACACUAACUCUAGAGUGCGCUGGAAAGAAUCGUCGAAUCUACGAUUAUUUCUGCGAAAAUGACUAUUUCUCCAGAGACAGUACUAAAUAUCUGUGCACUGGCUGCAGUACCAACUAUACUGCUGAAGUGCUGGCAAACUUCUUCAGCAGUGGCGUUCAGAACUUUAUAGUGCGCGCUCCAGUUCUAGACUGCCAUUUUGCAAACAUUAGCGGCGAUGUGUUUUGGACGUGCAAUUCCAGUACCAAUGAAACUCACACUUUAUGGAACAAAGCGAAUUAUGACUGGAGUUUCUUGUUUGUGGUAGUUUUUAUAAUUGCUGGAGGCGUGGGGAACAUUCUGGUCUGUUUAGCAGUACUGCUGGAUCGGAGACUACAAAACGUCACCAACUAUUUCCUGCUCAGUUUGGCAAUUGCUGAUCUGUUAGUGAGCUUAUUUGUGAUGCCACUAGGAGCUAUUCCAGGAUUUUUUGGUGAAUGGCCAUUUGGAUUAAUCUGGUGCAAUGUUUAUGCAACAUGCGACGUUCUCGCAUGUUCAGCUUCUAUAAUGCACAUGUGCUUCAUAAGCCUUGGAAGAUAUUUGGGGAUCAGAAAUCCUUUGAAAACGCGACACAGCACUACCACUAGAACCGUCGUUUUGCGCAUUGGACUUGCCUGGUUGUUAUCUAUGGUAGUAUCUAGCUCUAUCACAGUACUGGGCAUUAUCAACCAUGAAAACAUCAUGCCAGAUCCACAAAAGUGCGUUAUCAACAAUCGAGCUUUUUUCGUCUUCGGCAGCUUGGUGGCCUUCUACAUUCCCAUGACCGUUAUGAUGGUCAGCUAUGCGCUAACCGUUCAGCUACUGAGGAAAAAAGCUCGAUUUGCUGCAGAACACCCCGACACUGAUCAGCUUCGCCGAUUGGGCGGACGUUUCGCUAACAAGCAAGACCGCACUCCAACAGCACCGCCUGAAAAUGCUUUAUGGAGGACAGCUGGAAGUGGUGAUCGAUCGUCGAAUAUGAGACUGACAAACUCCCACGGUCAGUUAUCUUUCGCCAAUGGGGGCAACGGAAAUUUAACAUCCUCGAGAAGAGAUCAAGGCACACAGACUCCCGAGGAUAUUGCAAAGGAAGCCCGAAAUUGCCGGCUCAAGUCGCUCAAGUUGCAGCUCAACAAUACUACUUCAAAUCUCACGAAUUUCAGAUUACUUGCGGGUAAAGUGAAGAGGAAAACUUUCGCCUCAAACUCGGUGGCAACUGAACAAAAAGCAUCCAAAGUCCUCGGACUUGUUUUCUUCACUUUCGUGCUUUGCUGGGCACCAUUUUUCAUCCUCAACAUUAUCUUCGCCGCAUGUCCAGACUGCGAUGUUCCUCAGCAUGUGGUGGUCACAUGUCUUUGGUUGGGAUACGUUAGCUCGACCAUCAACCCGAUCAUCUACACGAUUUUCAACAAGACGUUUCGAGCAGCCUUCAUCAGGCUGUUGCUGUGCAGAUGCCAGAGGUUAUCACGGCCCGUAAGAUAUAAAUCAGUAUCCGAGCAUCGAGGAGCGUCAAACCUUUGCACUCCUUCAGCUCUGCCGUUAGCAAUUAGUCUAACAGGCACGCCUCUGAUCACUCCAGCUACCGAUUCUUCUUUCGUAAUGCGGACACCGUCUAUGAAAUAUAUCAGAGAGCGAAAGGACAGCUACGAUGAUCAUGUUUUUUAGUGUAAAUAAGCCUAUAAACUUAUCACUAAUCUCUAAUUGCAAAAUUACGUGUAUAAUGUAGUGUAGUGAAGACAGCCCGGACAAUUUUCAUCGAAUUUUUGUUAAGACCAUUAGCGUGGAUAAUGUUGAAAGUGUUAUUUUAAAAAAGUGAUUCAGUAGCCGUAUAAGGCAUAAAGCGUUAAGUUCAGCAAUCCUCUUGACAUAUCUGUGGCUAAUUAAAAAUUAUGGCUACUUGUGCUUAAUUAGGAAACAUGGCCCUGCGAAAGCAGAGAGAGUGUUUUAUUUAUCUGCAGCCUCUAAGGGCAAGGCUCUAUAUAAAAUGUAAUUUUCAAUUAGGAAAUCGUUCUUUUUUAGGAAAGUUUUAACUGCCGUCAACAAGUUUUCAGUUUUCAAAGUAUUUUGUUGUUAUAUAAUUAAGUAUCCUUCUAAUAUAAUAAAAAUUACAACUUGGUUCAUUGUACGUCACAGCUAGUUCUACUGUGUAAAGUAUGUCCAUCCAUGUAAAAAUCUGUCUUUUCUACUUCCCAUGCGAAAUUAUGUAAAUAAAUGCUUCAAAAAUGUUACAUUAACUAUCGUUUCGACAAUCAAUGGUGGUUACUUGGCGAUUUCAAAACGUCUUUUGAGAAAUUAUUUCUUUGGACAAGCACCUAAUAGUGAUGGCUAAAAUCAAAUGAAUUUUUCCCGUAUGAAAAUAAAUCUAAUCUGCUAUUCAGGAUGAUUUACGCAGACCGUGCAUUGGGAAUUUUCCAUCUUGUAGUUGCUUUAGAAACUUUUAGAACCGAGUCGAGUGUACGAGUGUACCAAAACGGUCACCUAAUUUUCUUAUUUUAAAUGCGAACUUCUAAUUUCUUUGGCAUGCUUGGAUUGGCCGUCCAAUUGCCAGUUUGAGUCACCCUAAUUUUGUUAACCGGAACAAGCUAUAUCUGAGGAACAGUUCUAAAUUGAAAACCCAAAUUUGGCAGGUAGGUAGUUAGUCGAAAGCCUAAGCUAACUCCCCAGAUGACACUAAGAUAUCAAUUUUGUAAAAUAUUAGUGCAUGCAGCCUACCAGCAUUGUCAUAAAAAAUAUGAAAAAAUCAGUUUUUAAAUGGAACCUAUUUACUAUUAACUUUUUUGGUCCUGUUCAGUUUGGUUUCUUAAUAUUUAAUUAUAGCAACAUUUUCAAGCUGGAUCAAAAAUGUUUGUUGGUGUCAUUUAAAAAAACGGAUUUUUGUAGAUCGAAAUCCUGAAAAAUGUGUGUUGAAAAAAGCGGUCAAUGAAGUCAAAGUUUAGAUACUUAUUAUGGAUAAGCUGUUGAUUGAAGGGGAAUCGAAUUUACGGGUGUUCUAUAUCGACCACUGAAGAUUUCAAGUUAACACACAACAAAAGUCGCUAAACAAGAAUAAAUAUUACGCCCCAAAAACUCGAUAUCGAAAUUUGGAAGAAAAUCCAGUACGAAAUUGGAUAGUAAAUUUAGUAAAGCCGACUGAAAAACGUUGUUUUCGAAGAAAAAACACACCCCUAUUGAGAACACAAGACCUCUUUAAUUUAGAAUGUAAUUCACAGAAGAAAACACCAACAACACGCAAACACGACAUUUGCUUUACAUGUUUGCUGUUACAUUCGUAUUAAAAAAAAUUGAAGUAGCGCAAUUGUAUCCACUAAUAUUAUCGACUCGUUAUAACCCGAGACGAAAUUUGAAUUUCUACAACUGCAAGUUGGAAAACUUCUAAUGCACGUACUACAUUUAUUGCCCGGUUUACAUUUAAAAAAUGUGAUGUUAGAUGCAUAAUAACAAGAAGAAUUUGGUGUGUACACACUGGAUGAAACUUAAUCAAACAAGUUUCUGUAAUGAAGUACGUAUAUGUAAUACGCAUACACACUUCAUUACAAAAACUUGUUUGAUUGAGAUGCAUAAUAACCUCAUUAAUUCCUAGACUUUCUCCAAAUUUCAACAUUUUCAGGUUUUUAAUUAGGCUUUCGAAGCUCCAGGGCUCUCUACAUUGAAGUAGUCAAGCAACCAAAUAGAGCGUAGAUUAGGUUGCGGAUUUUAAAACUAGGGCAUUUUAUGUGUAUGUGAUACUGUAAAUCCAUUAAUUAAGGUAUAGUUACUUCUAGUCAGAGCUAUGUUGAAAUAAAAUAAAUUAGAUCCAUUUAUUAUAUAAUCUCGACACUCGAAAUAAAUGUAAAAAUGUUGCAAAUAUAUUGAGUUUAAGUGUCGUACUUUGUAGAUUUUAUAUCUUCAUCAUUGCAGUACCUAGAAUUUCCAAAGCAAUACUGUUUAAUGAUAAGAUGGUCACUUGCGUUCUAUGUUAUUUUGUAUUUAAAUGGAAAAUACAAAUUUCUUUAUUA